AUGGAACAAGAUACCAGACCUCUCCAAUCACCCUACGCAGGUCCACAGGCUGUACUCUAUUUUGGGAACAAAUCGGUACCCUUGAGAUUGCCUCUUGAUAUCUUGAAACCCUAUGAGGAGCUGACCCGUCAAAUGAAGGACGGAGGGGGUGGUCUAUUUGGGGGAUCUCAUUGUACAGACUUUGCGCUGACUGACAUACCUUAUGGCGCGGGGCAUGUUAUCGUUCACUUCCUCAUGACUGGAACUUACCAAUGCCUUAGCUCAACGCGUGAUGCCCUAAAAGGAAGAAAACUUCCCGAACUUCACGAUCUUGCUCAACAGCAGGUCGCCAAACUUGGACAGCAACUUGAUCUCCUAACGGUCAUCAGCGUCAUCGAAGACUGUACCGUUGGAUAUCUGCAAUUCAGAAUCCAGUCUUUUACCAAAGACGCCACUGAGAUCGAAGCUAAAGACAUGCUGGCGAGGAUGGAGACUCCCCAAACGCUAAGUAAAAUCCUGCUGAAGAGUCUUAUCCUAAUGAAGCUCCCCACCGAGCCCAAACCAGAAGAUGAGACUGACGAGAAGACGAACAAUGUAUCUACAGAGAGGGAUAGCGUGCAGCUGGCAAAGGAAGCCAUCCUGGGGACUGAAGACGCCUACAAAAGAGCUCAAGAGCGAGCUGAGCGUGAAACUCAAGAAGCUGAGGAGAUAAGGAGGGCCAAAGAACAAAGGCAGCAGAUUAUAAGAGACAAGCUAGAGCUGCGUGAGCUCGAAGAUAUGAAAGCCAGAGACGGAAAGCUAUCCCAAUCUAAGAGACGAAGGUUGUCCCAACUUCGAGAAGAGGAAGCAGGGAGAGCUCACAGAGCCUCUAAUACCGAGCCCAAACAACCUGCCGAACAGGAGCCACGGGAUGAACCUGUAGCAGUACGUUCUGCCCUGAUCAGGCAAGAACAGCCUGCCAACUCCGCGGUCGAAUUUACUAAUGGAUCUGAUUCUGCGAAUAAAACAUGUAUGUGA